GUAAGAAAUCAGCAGAAAAGUGAAACCUCUCCACAUGACUUAGGGUGUUUGAACCCGGCAUAAAGGGGGCGUGGUUUAACCUGCAGGACUUCCUGUCCUGUCACUUGAACGCAGCAUCGCCCUGCUGUUGCCCUGCUGCUGCUGGUGAGGGGAACCUGAGUUUAACUCUUCAUGGCCAGCCAAGCCUGGUUGGAGUCUUCUCUGCGGCGCUCUGCCAGUCUGGGCCUGGAGGUGCUAGAGCGGGCCUCCAGGCGGAGUGUAGGCUGGACGAGCCCUGGACCAUCGCAGUCCCCCCCUACUGCAGAUGAAGACACACAAAUCCCUGUAAAGAGAACACACACAGAGCUUGAUGACGUCUUUGCAACUAUCGCAGACCUCAUGGUCCAGACGACCCAACAGUGCAAGAGGUUUUAUGAGUCUGGCUGUUGCACUGAGCCCACUGACACUGAGAGGAGACACGUGUCCAGGUUCCACUCACGGCCAGCUGUUGGGAUCAAAGCACCUGCACAGUCAGCCAGAAAACAUGUACGAGCUCCACACAACAAGGGUCGAGUGUCGGCGGCAGGUGAAGAUUUCUUCAUCGAGGUUUCGCCGGGGACGUACGCCAUCACUGCCAGCAUGCCGGAGUUACAUCAGCAGACUCAGCUGAUCAGCGUCAAAGCUGGAGAGAGUAUCAACCUCACCUUUGACCUCUGACCCCCUCACCUGACCAAACCAGUCACCCUUAACCUUCAAUACCAAAACUGACCAAAGCUAA